AUGAGGGACUUGCAAGGAAGCCAGAUGGAAGUGGUGAACAAAAUCCACACCAAAACCUCCGACGUCAUGAAUAAACUCCACACUCAGACUGUAAGUCGCGCUAAGAUCGAGCUUUUCGUGUGCCUCAUGGUCCUGUUGCUAAUCCUUCGCGCCGUCUUCGGCUUGUCGAGGCAUUGGUAUACCAACCGGAUGCUCAAGGUCGCUCUGUUGGCAUUAUACACCCUCCCGAGCCACCUCAUCACGCACACGCUCGGUCUCAUGGAGGAAGCGGGGGAAGUGUUGCUCCAUAGUGAGCUGUUCCCGGUUUGGGCUACUUUCUUGAUGAUCUUCUUCAGGAGCUCGGGCUACUUCUCCGACUACAGCCUCGACGACCGGAUAUCCUAUAGUUGGGAACAUUUGCUCAGGAACAUCUUGUUAGCCAAGAUGUUGAUCUUUAGUGUGAGGAAUUCGUGGGUGUUUUGGGUGGUCACGACGAUUUUCGGGGUCAUGUGUCUAUUCCUAUUCGUGAAGCUCAAGGACAAUGCAAAAGCAAAGUGUCUCCUGACUGCUCGCGGGUAUGACCUGCAGAGAUCUACCAAAUUGAUCUCUGACUACAUGAACUCCGAGCACCAGACGUCAGAUCCGUGCAAUCUCGACCCUAUCCAGAUGAGAGGAUACAACUAUGUUAUGAGAGGCGAAGAGACAAUAUGGGUAAACGGUUCACCCCUGGAAAUCACAGACGAAGUCGUCACGGUCGAGAAGGUGUGGACAUGCCAAGGAUGGCUUUUGAGCUCGACAGGCGGGGACGAAGACGGCAAGCUCAAGGACAUUUGCCUAUCGUUUUCGCUCUACAAGCUUCUCUCCUUGAGAUUUUGCAGCUAUUCGUUGCCCAAAGAAGCUCACAAAAAGCUGUGGAAGUUGAUUCGGAAUGGUUUCCUUGCAGAAAAAAAUGGCUACGAGCGAGCAUUUAGGGUCAUUGAGCUAGAGCUUUCCUUUCUUUUCGAUCCGUUCUACACUAAGUACCCGUUCAUCUUCCACCCAGGCCGUUGGAAACUAAAGCUGAUGGAGAUCUCGCUUUUCUUCAUUGGUUCUCUGGUGAUAAUCGUACUUUGUUUUACACCGCACCACUCGAAUGCACCUCAAGAUAAAAGUAAACCGGCUACUUCAGGAGGGUUGAGCAGCGACGUUAUCGUGAAAUCGCUAAUUCUUAUGGCAUGCGCAGCUGUGGAGCUUGUGCAGCUAAUCUUGAUCGCCACCUUGGAGUGGACGAAGGUAUCAUUGCUAUGCAAGUACGUCCGAACAAACUCAUGGCAAGGGAACAAAUGGAUCGAGAAACUCAUAGGACGUAUAUGUCGGACGCAAUUACUGAAGCCUUGGGAAAGAAAACUUCACCAAUACUCGCUUCUCGAGUCGCAUGGUUACACACCUCCGAGGUGGGUAUGCAUUCGCGCCAAAGCCGGCUAUAUCCACCACGCACGGGAGGGUAAAAAACAAAGCACUCCGGCCAAACUGUCCUCAGAAGUGAAAGAAGCCGUUUUGCAUUCUUUAUACUCGAAUCUCGGGGUAUUGGAGAAUGGAGAGCCUUCUUUAAGACUAAACAAAGUGGCAGGUAGGCUCUCGUGGGCGUGCAGGCUCGAGACGCAGACUCGAGUCAUAAUUGUGUGGCAUAUUGCCACAAGUAUUUGCGAGCACGAGGUGCGGAUUUCAGAUUCGAAUUUCCUCGUGGCAACCCGCUUAUCCAAAUAUCUCGCUUACUUGGUAGCGUUCUCUCCAAAGUUGUUACCUGAUUGCCCAGACGACACGGAGUAUAUUUUCGACCAAACCAUUCUCCAAUCAAGAGACAUGCUCACAGGGUGCAAGACCGGAGAAGAAAGAAUUCGGAAAUUGAAAGAGAUUGGUAGGACAGUGGAUGGUACAGGUAGCGUGAUAAAUAGGGGCGCGCAGUUAGGACAGCAAUUGCUGAAAGACAAAAAGGACCCAAAGUUCAAUUGGAAGGUAUUGGCCGAGUUUUGA